UCCGCUCGGCUCUGUUAUUAUUCUCUCGGGAAGGAAGAGGAGUGUCUCUGAGCGUGACAUCAGGAGAAACCUGAAACCGUUGUGUCCAGCAGCCCUCCCUUUUCUCUGCCUGCUCCCAUGUUUGCUCCCCUUUUCUUCCGAGACGCUCUCCGCUUCCCAGCUGGGCUCCAAAACAGCCCAACUUUCCCCAAACUUCACCCCUCUGAUCCGUGACCCGGCUGUCCCCGGUUCUGCUCCUGAAGCUUUCAAACAUUCCUCUUCUCCGUCCGCUCUUCCCAUCAACCCAGAAGAUCUGCUGUAUCAUGGAGCUGCAGAAGGAAUCGAGCGGGAUGCUCCACGACGCUGCUGUGGAGGGAGGGAUUCCACCUGAAGAAGAAAAGUUCCUGCAGCACAAAGAAGAUGGGAUGAGACCCCAGUUCACAGAUUUUGAAGGGAAAACCUCGUUUGGGAUGUCGGUUUUCAAUCUGAGCAACGCCAUCAUGGGCAGCGGCAUCCUGGGACUGUCCUACGCUAUGUCUAACACCGGCAUCGUCCUCUUCCUGAUCCUGCUCACGUGCAUCGCCUGUUUGUCUUGUUACUCCGUCCACCUCUUGCUGCGCAGCGCUGGAGUCAUCGGUAUCCGUGCUUAUGAGCAGCUGGGUUUCAGAGCCUUUGGCCACCCAGGAAAGAUCAUAGCAGCCGUCGUCAUAACGCUCCACAACAUCGGAGCCAUGUCCAGCUACCUGUUCAUCGUGAAGUACGAGCUGCCGCUGGUCAUCCAGGCCUUCCUGGGUCAGACGUCCAUCGAUGAAUCGUCCUCCCGCUGGCCAUGAUGAAACAUCUGGGAUAUCUGGGUUACACGAGUGGCUUUUCGCUCUCCUGCAUGGUCUUCUUUCUGUCUGCGGUCAUCUAUAAGAAGUUUAACAUCGCCUGUCCUCUGGAGGUGUUUGGAAACCACUCUGUGACGUCGGUCGUCUCAGAGGACUCCUGCUCCACCAAAUACUUCACCAUCAACCAGGAGACGGCGUACACCAUCCCCAUCCUGGCGUUUGCUUUUGUGUGUCACCCUGAAGUGCUUCCCAUCUACACAGAACUGAGAAACCCGACCAAGAGGAGAAUGCAGAACAUUGGAAACGUUUCCAUUUUGGGCAUGUUCAUCAUGUACUUCUUCACCGCUGUAUUUGGCUACCUGACCUUCUUCGAAAACACGGAGGCCGAGCUCCUCCACACCUACAGCAAGGUGGAUCCUCUGGACACGCUGAUCCUGUGCGUGAGGCUGGCUGUCCUGGUGGCCGUCACGCUGACCGUACCCGUCGUCCUGUUUCCUAUUCGUCGAGCCCUCAUGCAGCUGCUGUUUCCGGGGAAAUCCUUCCACUGGUUACGUCACAUCGCCAUCGCCGUGUGCCUGCUGUUUGCCGUCAACCUGAUGGUCAUCUUCGUUCCCAACAUUAGAGACAUUUUUGGAAUUUCAGGCGCAACCACUGCCCCCACUCUGAUCUUCAUCCUUCCUGGACUCUUCUACAUCCGCAUCGUCCCUAAAAACCAAGAACCCAUGAGCUCCAGACCAAAGAUCCAGGCUGCUUGUUUCAGCGCGUUGGGUUUUAUCUUCAUGAUCAUGAGUCUGACCUUCAUCGGGAUCGACUGGAUGAGCGGUGAGAAGAGAAAUCUUGGUGGCCAUUAACGUGCAGAUUCCUCAUGGCCAAAACAGCAGCAGCUCCACCGCUGCACCUCCUCCUCCUCCUCCCACAGCCCUCCCUGGACCUUUGGACCUGCUGCUGGGAGGUGGGACUGGUUCUGCUCAUUUGAAGGACGAUCUGUGAUCAGAUUAGGUUAAAACUGGGACCCGGCGCCGGCAGAAGUCUUCUGUUCUUCAAAGAGCCGAACGCCAUGACCAUGGAGGCCCCUCAACCACCAGAAGCUGUUUGCUUUAACUGAGGCUAAAUGUGGUUUAUUAACAGCAAUUAAAAUGUUAAAUCUAUGAAUGCAAACCAAAAAUAAUGACUCAAGAAGAAAAAUGUGUUUUCUGAUAACCAAAGUUUCUUAAAGAAAAUGCCUUUGGUUAGAAAAAAGAACCAAAUCCAGGGUGGAGUUUGACACUCGAGUGCAAAUAUUUCUGCUCAGCUGGAGGUGAACACGGGCCUCAGCCAAGCAGCACAUAGGAAACCAAAGAAGCAGGUUCCACGAGCCAACAUCUGCUCACGCAGCUGUGAAGGUUUCAUUUGGUGUGAUUUGUUUGUGAAUUUAUUCUGAAUUAAAUGUUUAAUGAAAUAUAAAAAACAGGAAACUGC